CGCAGGACAAAGUCUAACCGGGGUCAAUGUGCAGAGAGCUCCAAUUAUUGAUGGAUCACGCGAGUGAGUAUAUGAGUUCAUGUAACAGAAAUGCAUCGCAGAGAGCACUUGGUCGUACCUGCAGAAGCAGAAUGGAGAGCGUCGAGUCUCUAUAGAGUAGAAGCUAUCGUGAAGUUCGCACUUGUACUACGCUAUUGCCUUUCUACCUAAGGUAUAUGUAGGUAAGGUACUUUAAGGUUGGGGACUGUAAGGCUUUGGCUGGCUCUGCCAAAUGCGUCCCGGACAACAAUUGACACUUGACUCCCUCAAGCGCCUGGACGGCCCCGGAAUUACCUCUUUUUUGUGCUACGGGACAGCGACCCGAACCUUUCGCACAGGAAUCCGUCAUCUCCAAGAGCCGCGCUCUCUGGGGUCACUCUUCCUCUCUCACCUCCUCCAUCAUCGCAUCGCCAUCGCGCCCUUCUUCAACAGCUUCCCCAUCAUCGCCCGCCCGCCCUUCCUCAUCCUCCCUUUCUGCCUCUGCCUGGCCCUUCCCUCGCCCCCUUCUCCAGAUCGUCUCCAGCCGCCACUACAAGCGGAAAGGCUCCCGAAUCCGAAUUGCACCUUGCAAGGGAGGCCCCCCCCCUCCCAACUCGAAGCGGUGCCAGCCAGCCAGCCAGCCAGUGGCCGUCCUCACACAAAAGUAGCACUAAAAUCGUCUACCGUUCCGGGAACGACACUUCCUGCCUCAACCUUCCCACCGGCUACUACUCUAAGUUAACUCUCGUCGUCGUCUCGUCGUCGUCGUUUGUCUAGCUCUCCUUGUCAUUGUGCCAUCCUCCGCACACCCCCCCCCAAAUCCUCUCCCGCUCCGCUCCA